AACUUCCUCUUCCGCCUGAUUUUCAACAUGCUGAUGAAAUGAACACCAGAGAAACCGCCGCUUAGUUCACCUUAGUUCUCGUUUUAUAUACACUUCGCUGGGGUUCUCUUAAUAAUAAAGGACAUUAAGUAAACUCCAGUGCGCAUUUCUCCUACACAUCGACCCCGGCGAGCUUCCUGACUUCCUCGGACCAGAAUCAAGAUGCCGGGACUCAGCUGUAGGUUUUACCAGCACAGGUUUCCGGAGGUGGAGGACGUGGUGAUGGUUAACGUCAGAUCUAUAGCGGAGAUGGGCGCCUAUGUGAGUCUGCUGGAGUACAACAACAUCGAGGGGAUGAUCCUGCUCAGCGAGCUCUCCAGGAGACGCAUCCGAUCCAUCAACAAGCUCAUCCGGAUCGGCCGCAACGAAUGCGUGGUGGUGAUCCGUGUGGAUAAAGAGAAAGGCUACAUCGAUUUAUCCAAAAGAAGAGUGUCGCCCGAAGAGGCCGUUAAGUGCGAAGACAAGUUCACGAAAUCUAAAACGGUUUACAGCAUCUUGCGGCAUGUAGCCGAAGUCCUAGAGUAUACCAAAGAUGAGCAGCUAGAGAGUCUGUACCAGCGAACCGCCUGGGUGUUCGAUGAGAAGUACAAGCGGCCUGGAUACGGGGCUUAUGACAUCUUCAAGCAGGUCGUGUCAGACCCAUCUAUUUUAGAUGUUCUGGAUUUGACGGAGGAGGAAAGAACCAUUCUGAUCGAUAACAUCAACAGACGACUCACUCCGCAGGCCGUUAAAAUAAGAGCGGACAUCGAAGUGGCCUGCUAUGGCUAUGAGGGCAUCGAUGCGGUCAAAGAAGCCCUGAGGGCUGGACUCAAGUGUUCAACAGAGUGUAUGCCAAUCAAGAUCAACUUGAUUGCCCCUCCGCGCUAUGUUAUGACCACAACCACGCUGGAGCGCACAGAGGGUCUUUCUGUGCUCAAUCAGGCCAUGGCUGUCAUUAAAGAGAAAAUCGAAGAAAAGAGAGGCGUCUUCAACAUUCAGAUGGAGCCAAAAGUGGUAACGGACACAGAUGAGACAGAGCUAGCUCGACAGUUAGAGCGGCUGGAGAGGGAGAAUGCAGAGGUGGAUGGAGACGAUGAUGCAGAGGAGAUGGAGGCCAAGACUGAUGACUAGUUUAAAGAAACACAAUAAACCAGCAUUGCCAUGAUAGUUCAGGAGACUUGGGAGUUAGUCAAUUGUUCAUCAAACCACACAGACUGAAAAGCAGUGCUUCUGUUAUACCAAGCAGAUUGUGGGCAGUGAAAGUGGAACGACACUAGAGCUUUGCUUGUGGAGUAUUAAUAAUAUAGAUAUCAUUUAAGUGACCUUCGGUCCCCAGUCUCGUUCAAGAAAGUGGUGAAGAGACUUCUUUAUCAGAGUUUACUUCUCUUUAUCACAGUCCUGUUGUGGAUGCAGAACUAAUAAAAACAAGCAUUUUUUUUUCAAAAACAA